AAACCCAUCCCAUCUGUGAAAGAUGCAGGAAAGGCAAGAGAGAAUGCGUCUACCCAGAGCCGCCCCCGCCAAAGGGUUCAUCAAGCGGGGGCUCCAAAGAUGCGGCAGCCGGCCCCAGUCAGCAGCCGAGCCCAAGUUCUUCACGCGGCGACGAUGACGACGACGAGGUCGAGCACGAUGCGAAAUUGGACCCCAUCAUGGACGAAGACGUAGACGAGCCCGAGAGCGCGACGUCGCAGACAUCGGCGCCGAAUUUUCCCCUCCGGCGGUCCAGCACUACCUCCUCUUUCGGUCGCCAGCGCGUCGGGGCAGGCCACCGUCAGGGGUCGGAGACCCCUUCAGGCGACGGGACCUCGUCCCCAGCAUUGUCGACGGGCCCUACCGGCGCACACACCCCCGCCGGGCCGCACUGCCUCGACGCGGCCAACGUUGCGUCAUCCGGCCGGCCCGACUGGACGUUCCUCCCGCACGAGCUGCAGUUCUACCUCAGCUACCUCUACGAGAACAUCACUCAUUACCAUUACGGUGCCGUGCACGACGCGGACGACUUCUUUCGGCCGAUCCUGGUAGGGCUGGCGCUCCGCAACGAGGCGCUGCUCUAUGCCGUGGUCUGCUUCGCAGCAUAUCACCACGCGAUGAGGGACCCAAAUGGAAGGAUCAACCAGUUCCUUCAAUACUACAGCCGCAGCGUCACGCUGCUUCUGGAAUGCCUGAAGAAGACGGAGAAGUACAGCGUGGGAACGCUGCUGACGAUCCUGCAGCUUGCUACGAUAGAGGAAUAUCUGGGCGACUGGAUCAACCUCAUGGGCCACCAGAAGGCAGCUUUCGAGGUGCUCACGAACCUCUUCACGCCCCAGUCGGCCAUGCAGACGCCCGUGGGCCGUGCGGCCGUGACGUGGUACGCCAGGUACGACGUCUUCAUCGGCAUCAUGGGCAACUUCGGGACCUCCUUGUCUCGGGAGUGGUUCCUGGCCGCGGUGGAACACUACGAGUCGCGGGCGGCGGCAGAGCCCCAGAACGUGGGAUGGAAAAUUGAGGCGUGCUCAGCACGCUUGCGGCUGGUCUCGAUGGAGAUGUCGUUGCUCUAUGCCAAAGGCGCCAAGCAAGAGGUCACCGAGGAGGAGUACACUGCGGAGCAUUGCGCGUUGUCUGCAGCCUUGGACGACUGGAAGAACGGCUGGGAUCCUGCCCUGACCGAUGCCGCUUUUCUCGUGACCAACUUCCCCGGAAGCCAGGCCGCGGAAUCCGACGACGCCGCCAAUCCCUUCGGCCCGGGCGCCCUGUUCCGGGCCCCGCUAUUCGCCUCGACGCUCCUGACUUGCGAGUACCACUCGGUUGCGCUCAUGCACGCCAGCCAGAGCGCGGCGAAGCUGACGGAAGACGACCGGUCGAGGUUGAUGGAGCGCGCGCACGCGAUAUGCCAGAUCUGCGGGACGGUCGAGCUGUGGCCGCAGAGCCCGCCCGGCAGCCUCAUCAUCCUGCAUUCGUGCCUCGCCAUUGCAGCACUCUAUAUGCGGCCGGAUGCGAGGCACCACUUGUGGGUGAGGAGGAAGUUUGCCGUGCUGGAAACGAUGGGGUACAUAUCUCCCAUCACGAUGCGCACACGUAUGGCAGAACUAUUUCACGACGAGAGCUGCAUUCGGUGGUGGCUCCCGAACGACGAGGGCUUCAGCCCCCUGCUGCAGAAUAUCCGGGCCAUUGCGGACGAACGCAACGCCAUGGCGGUGGCGACGCAGAGAGAGAGCCUGCAACAGAUCCACCACGUGUUUUCCAGGAUGAAUCUUGGGACGGGAGACGGGCUCGCCGAGGGCGACGACAGCGCGCGGGCCGAAGAGAAGGGGAAGCACCCCACGGCCUGAACGAAAAAACCAUACGGGGUUGGUACGCUUGGAGGCCGGCCUACUGCGCUUUGUUGACUGCCGCU